CCGGACAGAAAAAACAAACAGAAAAAAAGCAAAGGAAAUAGAUUUGCAAAACAGGGCUCGUUUAUUAAUUCACUAUGAGAUUUAUUAACGGACCGACAGGAUAGUUUCAGGCAGUACCUACUAAGCACAUCCAAAUGUGACUCCAGGAUUGCAUGGUGAAUGCAGAUGCCCAAAAAGGGGGGACGGUGUCCGGUGGCUUCGUCCCCCUUCUCCUGCACAGCUCAACCUACUGUUGUCCUCGGGUCUUAAAAACUGAGCCCUUGCAGCCCUCCUUUCCCUGAAAUCUAGACUGAGGAGGGGGCGGGGGGGAGGGAGUGUUAAUUUAACUCUAACACCUGAAGUUACCUCCUGGGCUUGUGCUAAUUUCCUCAAUUCAGUUUGUGGGGGUAUCGGGAUAACGUUCACCGUCCAGACGGAAAACGCCUCCUCCUCGUCAGUGUUUGGUUUCACUUUGGCUCCUCGCACCCGGUCCCGGCGGCGGCCGCCCUUCCGGGACGGGCCCGGCUCCUCCGAGCGCUCCGUGGCCUCGCGAGGGCUGGGCCGGCCGUGCGGAGCGACCCCAAGCCUCGCGGGACACGAGGGACGCGUGUCCGCUCUCCGCCUCGGAAGGGAAAGGGCCCCUGGGAGCCCGGGUCCGCGCGCGGGCGGCACAUGCACGUCCCUCCGCGUCCCCGCGGCGCGGCUCCAUCGGCGGCCGGAGGGCCCGCAGCGGCCAUGGCGGCCAGGCGGGUCCCCGCGCUCGGGAGGCGGCUCCGCGCCGCCGCGCCGCCAAGGCCCGUGUGGGUCGGAGCGGGGUUCCCACAGCCCGUCGGCGUCGCCCUCUGCUCCGCGUCUGACGGAGACCCAGGCGGCUCCGGGCCCCGCGCGCGGGCCGGGCCGGAGGGGUUGGCGAGGCGUCCGGCGAGCGAAGAGUUAACACCCGCGGACCGACGGAUCGCAGACCUGCACGCGGCCGCCUGCGCGGCCAACCAGCUGAACUACGUGGAUCCAGCCACCGGCUCCGUGGUGCUCACGCGGGUCGCCCACUUGCAGAGAGGGAAGUGCUGUGGCUGUGCCUGCAGACACUGUCCAUAUGGUCAAGUCAAUGUUAAAGAUCCAUCUAAAAAGAAGCAAUUCAAUUCCUAUUUUUAUGUUUGACAACAUUUUCAUCUCUGUUCUCUAAUCUAAUUGAACCUUAUUAAAAACAAACAAACAAACACCCUACUCCAGAAUUGCUCUCUGGGCUCUUGGUUCCUGAGCACUAACUUGACCUUAAGCACAUAUAUUAAAAGAACAUAAAUAAAGUGAAAAA